GAUCAGCGCACCGUCGAGCCGAGUGUCAGAUCGCCAGGAAGGAAGAGUUGCCGGCGGUAAGCUUCCUCUGGACCUGAAGGAUCUGUCGCUCUCCCGCUCUCUCUCUCCCUCUCUCAUACACACACACACUAUCUCUCCAACGGCAUAGGAGCCAACCGGUGGUACCUGAAGAAGAAUAAGAAGUUGAUCUGUGUGCCAGCAGAGUUGUCUCUGUCGAGAGAAAAUCUUGCUGACUGUUAGAACGGCGACGCCACCGCCGCCAUGAGGACUUGGGUACUCGUCCUGUUUUGCUUGGUCGUGAUCGCGGCUGCGGCCAACGCUGACGGCGAGGGAAAAGGAGGAGAUGGUGGCAAGGAAGGGAAAGGAGUGAAGAGAAACAAUGCAAAGAAGAACGACAAAGGGGACAAAAAUCCCGGAAGGAACGGGAACAGGUUAGAAAAACCCACGAGGAACGGCCCGAAAGGAGCCAGUAAGCCUCGAAAGGCGGACGGCAAGCCGACGAACAAAAAUGUCGCAGGACGACCCAAGAGCCAAAAGAAGCGACCGGAUGGCCCCAAAAAGCCUCAGAGACCGAAACCAGUUGGAGAGAAAACCCAUCCGAGGCAACUCGUCAAACAAAAGGAGGACUGCCCUGGAGAAUGUGUCGCCUCCGAAGCCUGCGACGGACGCCGGAAGAAGGGCCUGUGCGGAGACGACUUGGUCUGCUGUCUGCCGAAGGCCAACAGGGCUGAUAAGCAAGGAACGACAAUCAAAAGAUUCUGCAAACCUCUGGCUGCAUGCAGCGCCUUGAAGGGCGAAUGUCGCAAGAGCAAGACAGGAUGCAACAUGGACGAGAAACGAUUCAAGAACAAGAAGAAUAAGGCCUACUGUGACAAGAAGUCUUGCGUCUGCUGCGCCAAACUGUGCCAGGAAAAAGCAAAGUGCAAGAAACUUGGCGGCUCCUGCAUGCUGAAGAAGGAGUCGAAAAAAAUGUGCAUGGGCUCCUUCCUCGCGGGGGCAAAAUACUGCAAAGGAAAUAAAUGCGGCUGCUGUGUAACUGACUCAGGUCCCUCGACUUGUAAGCAGAAGAAGACCUGCACGAGUGAAAAAGGUACUUGUGUCGCCCUCGGGAGCACCUGCGCCGGCAAGAUUUUGACUAAGAACGCCAACGGGAAGAAUUACUGCAAAGGCAGCUCCUGCGGUUGCUGCUUGGAGAGUGAGUACGGAAACAGGGCGUGUGCAGACCGUAGAGGUUUUCCACUCUCUAGUUCGUACUUAUUUGAUGAUAGGUCUCUGCUAGGAAAGUUAUAGUAUUUACAUUUAUAUAUUUAGGCAUACUAUGAGCAAUAAUUUAAUUUCAUUUAUCUAAUAACAGUUAAAAAUAACACAGACACACAUUUAAAUAGGUUUUUAUAGUGAUUUUGAGCUAGUUAGUGAAUAAUGAUUAGGGCAAUUGGUAAGAUGAUCUGAAGUUUUAUAUUGUCACAAAGUCAAGAUUGUAUUUCAUGAGGAAUCAGGGUUGUGUCCGAAUAGAUAAAUAGGAGGUAGGGAUUUCUAAGGUUAAUUACUUUAGCUCACUAGCCAGGAUAGAUAUCAGUGUGGCAUAAGAAUAGUUUUUUUUUGCCUUAACAGUCUAGAUGACUGAGAACAUUUUAAACUAAGAGCAUUUUGACCGAGUGUCGUAUGUCCAACCUUCAUAUAAGAUUGCAUUAACCCAUGUCACCGUUGACUUAAUUGUCGACACCAUUCGCUGUUCUUACAGAAUUUCUUGACAAAUCCUUCGUUACGUUCAGCGAAGCGUCGAUUCCGAUCAUGACCGUUUACAUAUGGAAAAUGUUAAAAAUAUACAUAAAUUUUUCGUUCAAAUUGAUCAAGAUCUGCUUAUGGGCAUUCAAGCAAGACAGACGUCUAUUUUUAGUCUUAUUUAUCUCUAUGCAUUCAUUUAUUCAAUGAUCUAUGUAAUUGUUUGUUUUUUGCAUUUCAAAAGAUUUUUUUUUCAUUGUUUAAUCAAAUCGCGAACCAAAUGCAGGUAAGAUUACGUUCUCUCGCUCUAUCCGAAUACCUGACACGUCAUCCGUUUGAGAUUGUGUAUGACUGCUCCUGAAUGACACAAACGCCUCGGCGUAGGCUUUGCGUAUAUAUAUACUAACGUGUUGUGUGUAUUAAUGUGUGAAUUCUUCUGUUCUCUAAACAUUAAGCUUGUGUGGCUGUGCAUUAAAUUAUUUUGAAUCACCAAAGCACUUUUGUUUGAUUUUUUUUCUUUUGUGUGUGUGCCUUUCCCGAAACUUACUCUAUAUGCAAUGUUUUUUAUAUCUUUUUAUCUUUGAGACGUAAAAUUUGGCAGCCGUUAUCACUGCAAUUAUCGUGACUGGUUAAGGCUCCUACUCAGCCCCCAUUAUUCGUUCUGUGAA